UAGUGUAGUGGUUUGUGUUUUUUUUUCCAGCCCGGAAAAGAAGACCGAGAAUAACGUGUAUGUGAUUUUAGUUAACACGUUUCUAGACCCUUCUUCUUCUUCAUCUUCUUCCUAGCACCAGACCCGUCUCGUCGUAUUGUUUUCGGAAGUCUUUACCCUAUCUGUUCAAUCAACCCUAUCAUCUUCAAUCUCUUUAUUUUCUGAAUUUCAUACCGCAUCAGUUUUUGACUUUUAAAAAUGAGUCGUGCACAGGAGCCACGCAGACCAUUUUUCCCAUUUGGAAAUCCCUUCCGGAUGAUUUUACCCAAAAGUUCACACCUCUCCCCAACACUUCUUUCCCUUUUGAAAUCAUUCGAGGAGUCAUUGGCAUUGAAGCUGAGGAACCUCAUCCCUGAAAACAGUGAUGACAUCAUCAGCUUAUCCUGGAUGCAGAAAGCAAUAGUUUCACUUUCAGAAAUCCACGUUGACACUAAAGAACUGAUAACUGCACUUGAAUUUCCCGUUUCUGAUUGGGACGAGAAGUGGAUUGAUGUGUACCUGGACAACAGUGUAAGGUUACUGGAUAUUUGCACUGCUUUCAGCUCUGAGAUCACCAGGAUCAACCAAUCCAAUCUUUUUCUUAGCUGUGCCGUACACUAUCUCGACGGUGGUGAUGAAAAGCAGUUUCCUCAAGCAUGUUCAUCAUUGAAAGAAUGGGGCCCACGUGUGAGGUGUCAAAAUCCGAGAUUAGGACGUUGCUUUGACAUUUUGAACAGCCUGACCGAAAGUCUGAACUUGCCUAAGAUUAAAAAUUCUGUGAAGGGGAAAGUUUUAAUGCAAGCUAUGUAUGGAGUAAGGAUGGUGACCAUUUUCAUUUGUAGGGUAUUUGCUGUUUCUUUCUCGGGGUGUGUGGAGAACCUUAAGGAGUUGGAGGUCAGUGAGACUUCUUUCUUGUGGGCAGAUGCAUAUGCUAAUCUCCAAAAUUUCCUAACCCGGGAAAUGAAGGCCCUAUAUUCGGGUGGUGGCCGGGCAACUGCUUUAAAGGAACUUGAGGACGUUCGCGUUAGUGUUGAGAGGUUAUGUCCUGUCAUUUUGGAUGGAGGUGCACUGCGGCAUGAAACUUCUGAUUUGGCGAAGUCUGUGGAGAGGCUUUCCACGGGACUUGAUGGUUUGGGGAAGGAAGUCGAUGGAUUCUUCCAGAUUGUUCUAUCGGGACGUGAUGCCUUGCUUUGUAAUCUCAGAGUUGGCGGUGAGAGUGGCAGCCCAACUCAAAAGAGCAGCGGCCUGGCAACUGUGAGGUGACCUUUUGUGUCCAAAGUGGUAUAGUUGUGUUUCUAUGUUGAAAGUGUUGCAGUAUGUGUUAGUGAUGUAAAAGUGGUCAUAUGUGGUUUGUGAUAAUGUUCCAAUAUUUGAACCUUGAAGUAUGCUUUUUUUUUUCCUUCAUUUUCUUUCAGAGCAGGUGUUUGAUGUAUCUGGGCUUGUAUAUAUAGAUGUUGUACUUGAUUAAAUGUAUGUAUGUGCAUCAUGCUAAGUGGUGAUGUGCAUCUUCGCUUGAUUGGAUUUUGGAU